UCUGUUCAGUGGGUUGAGCCGACGCUCAAUUGCAUGAAAGCAAUUUCAAACUAUCCCAUUUCACAGCCAACAUUUUCUUCUCGAUUUCCAGGAUUUUCUUGGAUUAAAUCAUGAAAACGCCUGCUUUUAACUGCUUUGCUUUUAUUGUUUUAUUUGCUACUGAUGGAACAACAGGAAAUGUUUCCUCUCCAGUCCCCGAAUAUUCUGUUGCAGCAACACCUGUACCUGUACAAGUAAUACAAUCCACAACAAGCUCAAAUAUGAUUGAACAGAGAGCCCAUACUUUCCCUGAAAGUACUGUACCGACACAAGGCUUAACUCCUGAACCAGAAAAUAGCACAGAUUUACCCAUCAGCGAUGUGUCACCUGUGCCACAAAGAACUGGGACUUCACAACUACCACAGAUUCAGAGUGCUGAUUCAGAUUUUUCAGAUGUUCAUGAACAUGAAGAAACUAAUAACAUAAAUGAAAUUAUUAUUGAGGAUGAUAUAUUUUUGAACUAUAAUCAAAAAAACACAUCACCAGAAGAUGAGAAGAUUAUACAGGAUGUGCCAUCAUUAAUACCAACAAUUUCUGUCAGUAAUGAAUCAAAAUCCACACUUUACGAUGAAACAGAAAUAGAUCUAAUCGUUGACCAAAUUGAGUCUGACGAUAUAUACAAAGGUAUAUACAAAGAUUUCACGUCGACAUGCGAAAAAAUGGGAUUUGAACCAUGGAAAAUUGGUUUAAUCUCCGCAGCUUUAUUCCUAAUCAUAGAAGUUGUGGUGCUAACUGCGUAUUGCUAUGUAUGUAAAAAAAAGAGGUACAGCUAUUAUUACCAAAAAUUGUGAACAAGAUAGUGAAGCUGGCGAAACAAUUAACGUGGAAUCCAAUGAUAAUACAGUGAAUGGAGAGGAUGGAACAUUAAAUUGGUGAGUAAAUAGAAGU